AUGGCGGCGCCGCGACCAUGGUCCAGCCUCCACCUAGACCUUCUCUCCCGUAUAUUCCUCCUCUUGUCCUGCGUGGCCGACCGCGUGAGGGCGUCCGCCGUGAACAAGCACUGGCGCCAGGUCGCGCUGCAGAAUCCGUCGCCACUGCCAUCCCUCCUCAUGCCGUCCACCGCCAGGACCGAGAUCUAUCGGAUCUUCGGCGGCUUCGCCGAUCCGAGCCCGCCCCUCGCCGCCGAGCGGCGCGGAGAGCGUUUCUGCGGCUCGGCUCCGGGCGGCUGGUUCGUGGUCGCAUCCCCGCGCUGGCGCGGCCACGCCCUGCUGAACCUCCGCACGGGCGUGCGCAUCCCCAUGAUGAUCCGCGCAGCCGCCAUGUCCGCCGCGCCGCCGUCUGGCGCCUGCUUCGUCGCCGCCAUGACGUCCAGCCAGAUCAACAUGGCGUUCUGGCGCCCGGGCAUGGACCGCUGGUUGUCGGCGCCGGUGGGAAGGGCGCCGCCGGAACCGCGCGACGCCCAGGACCUGACUUUCCACGACGGCUGGUUCUGCGUCGUCGACUCAGACGAUGACCUCUUCUGCUACAAGACAGAAAUCGCCCCUGCUGUAGCUGGAGGCGGCGGCUCUUCGCUUACUAUUCAUCAUAUCGCUUACAAGAUCCGUCGUCACCCCUUGAUGGCCACGACGGACCCCGGGGAGAUCGUCUCUCGCUACGUCCUGCCCUCUGCCUCCGGUACCGAUCUGCUCAUGGUGUGGAGGUUCAUCUCGCCGGCGAGGGGAGGCACGUGGCGGUUCCUGGUCUUCAAGCUACAGAAGCCACAGGACGGACUGCCGGCUUGCUGGCGCUCGUACCGGAUGAGCGGGCAGGUGCUCUUCGUCGGCCGGGCCAGCUCCAAGGCCUUCGACACGGGCCACGCCGGCAGCCCGGGCUACAUCUACUUCCUGGACGACGUCUACCCUGGUGGUCCGCACAGAGUCCUCCAGCAGAACAAGUAUCCCUGUGCCGAUGCCGGCGGGUGGCGUUACUCAUUCCCCCACGAGAUCGAGAUCGAGCGGUGCCUGCCAUCCGCGCCCCCCUCGGACACCUCGCCGUGCAUUUGGUACCACCAUCAAUGA